UAGAAUCUUCUAUGCCCUUUCCCUUUUGUUUGAGUUUCCACCCACCUUCCUUUUCCUCCAUCACUUGUGCAAAAUUUUCUCUCUCUUGACCCUAUCUUUCUCAUCCAUUUUCUUUCCAAGAAACCUCCUUUUUUCACACAUUAAGAAAAUCAAGCUUCCGUACCUCCCUUUUUAUAACAAAAGUUUUUGUAUAUAAAUCUUGUGCAUGGCACAUAGGAGUAGAAGUACAAAUUCAGUUGAUGUUAUUGUUUUUUCUUCAUUGUUCAAAAAAUCAACCAUGGAUGUUCUUGGUGUGAACCCCAUGAUGAAGAACAACCAAAAACAACAAGGAAAAAGAAGUAGAAAAGGAAUCAAAGUGGUUUAUAUUUCAAGCCCCAUGAAGGUUAAGACCAGUGCUUCUGAGUUUAGAGCUCUUGUUCAAGAACUCACUGGGAGAGAUUCUGAUGCUGUAGGUCUCAUGGAAGCUAAUAAUGCUUCCGAUGAUACCAUCAUCAAUACUCCUCCUCCUAUUCAUCAUCAUAAGGUUGUUGAUGAUGAUGAUGAUCAUGAUCACCAACUGAUCAAGGGCGUUGGUCAUCAUCAUCAUCAUCUGAAUCAUGAUCAUGAAUUUCCUUUUUCAAACUCCAGCUUGUAUGAUCAAUUGCCCAAGAGCCCAGGGGACCAAUUAUUCCAAUCAUUUGAUCGCGAUGAUCAUUUCAACCAGCUUGAUGUAUUGAGAAGCUUUGAUUUUCGAAUGUAAAUUGAUGCGAGAGUAAUUUUAUAUCCUGCACCUGCCUGCAUGUAAUUAUUCAUAAUAUUUUUAUAUAUUAAUAUUAUAUAUACAGUUCCUA